GAGCGGGUUUAGGGUUUAUGGCGAGCUUGGACGAAUGCCUCAAGCUCCUGCGCGGGAGCAACGAUGAGCAGCGCCUGGUGGGUCUGCUUCUCGCCACCAAGUUUGUGUCCGGAGGCGAUGCGCAAGCCGUCCACGAGGUGUUUGACGCCAUCGGCUUCCAGUUCGUCGAUCGCCUCUUGAGAACAGGCCUGGGGCAUUUUGCCACGCACGAGAAAGAAAUGCAGCAGCAUGACUAUCUCAAGCUCGGCAUUUCUAUACUCGCCGCAUUUUGUAGAAUUCCCGAGCUUGCAUCUUCGAGCGAUGUCAUCGAUAAAGUUCCCGUUUACGUGGAGGUGCUUAGCGCCAAGGACGUUUCUGUUGAUGCUAGCGAGUGCUUGUUGGGAAUUGCCGCAGCUUCAGACAAAGGCUUUGUAGCUGUUUGCCAGUCGAGAGUUUUUCAAGCCAUUGGCAGCCUUCUCCAAAAUGCUGCGCCAGAAGCUCAAGAGGUUGUGGCGGUUGUGAAGCUCUUGUAUUUCUUGGUGACAAGGCUAACUAUGGAGGGCAAAACUUCGGAAUACGCGCAAGGACUAGCAUCGGUUGUCCCUCCUUUGUCGAGGCAUCUGUCGUUGCAGCAAAAUCUCGGGAAGUUUGAAGUGAUGGAAGUGUUGAAAUUGCUUUUGGUCUCUUCCAAUACAAAAGCAGCGCUGAGUACGAACUGUGCAAGUCUUUCAUGGGCCGACGAUGUGCGCACAGGACUGGGUCAAAUACUUCACAGUCGUGUUUCACCAGAAUACCGGAAAGGAGCUCUGGAGGUGGCUGAGCAAAUGGUGGAGCAUUUGGGAGGUUCGUGGCUUGUUGGAAACAUCAACUUUCCUGACACAGAGGUAUCAAGCUCUUCUUCUGACAGGUUUCUUUUCCUCGUGGUGGAGUCUCUGCGAGUAGAAAUUCCCAUCGUACUUGGUGAUGUUCUACACGUUUCUAGCAGUUCCAGUGGCUGGGAUAUUGAGAAGCAGCGCAGUUUAGCUGUUUACUACUCUCUUGUUGAAAAUAUCAUCAACUUCACCUCGCAGGAAGAGGCUUCCAUCAAGGUGAAUGCAAGUUCCUUGCAGAAGAUAGUUUCUGCAUUAGAUGACAUAGCUGGUAUUCUGUUGGAAUACCUGGAAGCUGCAAAGGACAAUGGUGUCCAUCAAGGGGACGAAGUAAUAAGUUCCGUUCGGCUUCUUGGCCGAUACUUGGCCGAGGCUCCAUCCGCACACAACACACGUUUCCUGAAACUUCUUAGCUUUCUUCUAUCAGUCACUCCAGACAGUGAAACAAGCCCCUUCUACGCCGUGCAGUUUUUGGUGCCUGCAUUGCUGCAGGUUACUAUGGCUGAGGAUGGUUGUGAGGCACUGGUAUCAUCAGGAGGACACAAGCAGAUAGUAUCGUUCAUCGUUACUUCACUAAAAAACCGAGAUGAGGUUUUGAUCGUUGAAGCACUCGACAUUCUUCUCAAUGUGCUGCAAAAGAAAAACAGCUUGAUUCACGAGCCUAGCUUUGUGGACUUUGUUCCGGCGCUGCCUGAGAUCGUCUCUUGGGCCUUGAAAACCGACCAAAAUAUGGAGAGUGCAAUGGCGACGUGUUUCUGCACAUCAGUGUUGGAUAUGACGGACGAAGGCGCUCUGAAAGACUGCCUGGAAGCCUCCGAGCUGGAGAGAAUCUAUACCCUUGUUGGCAAGUGCUUACAGCGCUGUUAUCAGGGUGAAGCAGCAGAGGAGGAAGAUUUGAUGGACAUGAUCGUUUCAGGUUGUCUGGCAUGUCUUAACCGAUACCCAUCGCUCAAGUCCAACUUAAAGUCUUAUUUGGCUUUGAUUCCAGAUAACAGGUCUUCGACCCCAAGCCUUCGCAUGUUAGCGAAGCUGUUGUCUUGAGAUAGCGAGGCGGGCAGAACCAGAGCUGUAUAAAGAGAGUCACAUGCUUAGAAAAGUAAGUCGAGCACGAUGCUUUUGCUACGUUCUUUAA